CUUAAGUACCAGCACAUCUCUUAUCCGUAUCGUGAGUAGACUACAUAAAAUCGUCAUCUGAGAUUAUGCAAUAGAUUAUUAUAUAUCCAAGAUGAACAUACAACCUAAACUUAACACUUCGAACGGUGCGCGUACUUCGAGAAAACGCAAAGCCUCUUCCCCCUUCCAGGAGGAGGAUUGUGCGAAACCUAAGAAAUCUCAAAAGAAAGUCGAUACUGGAGAGAAACGUUUGAGAAGAUUUCGUGCUAAACCUCCCCAAAAUUUCUCCGCUGUUUAUGAUCGAGCUACAUCGCAAAGAUUCUACGUCCUCGAGAGGACGCGCGCUGGCACGGCAUAUUGCCCCGAGGAGUUCGUCGAGUUAACCGGCUCUACUGGUAACAUCUACGUCACCCACAUUGCACAGCAGCCUACCUGCACUUGUCCUCAUGCCCAAUCCGGCCAUCAAUGCAAACAUAUUAUAUAUGUCUUGUCAAGAGUUCUUCGUGCACGCUUCGACCUGGUUUAUCAGCUUGCCUUGCUAGCCACUGAGCUGCAGGAAAUCUUAGAGAAUGCCCCUCCCAUCGAGACGGAAGGCCAAUCCGGCGCAGAGACAUAUGACAAGAACCGCAAAUCCCUUGAGGAUGACUGCCCAAUCUGUUUCACGCCUUUUGAAGGUGCCGAAGACGCCGUCUACUGCCGUGCAACCUGCGGGCAGAAUAUCCAUAAAGAAUGUUUCGAGAUGUGGGCGGUCACCAAACGGAAGAGCACCAGGGAUCAGGUGACUUGUCCUAUGUGCCGCACCCCGUGGCAGGGUGACGAUGAUACAAUCAAGAAGAUCAAGAAUAAAGGCGUCAUCGGCUCCGAUGGCUACGUAAAUGUCGCUGAUCAGCUUGGAAUCAGCCGUACAAGGGACUACAGUACCUACUACGAUGGACCUCGCCGGGGUGAAGGUUAUAGAAGGUGGUGGUGAAGUAUGCACUCACUAUGGGCCUCUCGACGCGGUUUCUGUUACACAGUUAGAUUGUUGCAGCAUCCUCAUAGAAGUCUAGCAUACCGCGGCGUGGAGCUCCGGGACUAUUGUAACUAAUAUCGCGAACAGCACGGGGGAUAUAGUAUGAUAACCAGCUGAGCCUCCCCAUAUGCUGAGUA